AUGACGGUAAUAAUCAAGAAUAGCUUUCCCAAUGGAUUGCCCAGCCUAGCCGAAUUGGCAGAAUUGAAUGCUGGCAAAAACGUACCGGCCGAGACUGCUUGGAUCUGGGGAGAACAGGAUGAGCUCGGUCGCAUCAAUCUUCUCACACCAGAGGUCACACGCGCUGCACAACAGAGCGAAUUGAAAACUGGAAGAGUGGUUUCUUUAAACUGGUCCCUCGCGUAUCCCAAGCAGCCAUCGUUCCAUCGAUCUGCUCUUAAACACAGAAUCCAAGCACAUCCAAUCAGUCCCUGUAUUUUCGACGAUUUCUACGAUACCAAUUCGCAGGCGGGCAGUCAGUGGGAUGGGUUCCGCCAUUUCGGACAUUUAGGCAUAAACAAGCUUUACAACAAUCUUUCUCCGGAAGAAGUCACUACUGGAACACGAUGCGGCAUCAACGCAGUCUCCGAGCACGGAAUCGCCGGCCGCGGCGUCCUUCUCGAUCACUACUCGUGGGCAAAAGACCAAGGCCGUCCUUAUGAUCCCAUGACUGGCCACGCGAUUUCAGCCGAAGAGCUCAAACUAGUUGCCAAGGCCCAGGGCGUUGAGUUCAAGCAAGGGGACAUUCUACUUGUCCGCAGUGGUUACAUUUCACGGUACCACGAACUCGAGAAGACAAACCCUGCCAAGCUCGAGGAUCUUGCCGAGAAUCCUUCUUUUGCGGGAGUGGAACAGAGUGAAGAGAUGAAAACUUUUCUGCACGAUUCGUAUUUUGCCGCCGUUGGAGGAGAUGCUCCGGCAUUCGAGGAAUUGUCCGUCGAGUGUAAGAAAAACCAACGCUGGACGUUUUUCUUCACGAGCGCUCCAUUCAAUUCUCCAGGUGGCGUUGCAAGUUUUGCUAAUGCACUAGCCAUGUUUUGA